AUGUUCUGGAGCAAUUCAGCAAAAUUCAUGGAAUCAAAGUGCUGGUCAGACAGAACAGAGUGGCAACCAGUUGACACAAAGGCACCUCCAGUGAUGAUGACAGAAGAGAAUUUCAAAGAUCUAGGAUACAACAAAGAAAAUAUAUUUGACAAAACAGAUGAAGGGCCACUACAAGAAUACAUGGAUAUGGAGACAGAUUUGGAAGAAAGGUUAAGCGGAGGAACAGCAGAGGUGAUGGAACAAGGAUCAACUGCUGAAACUCAGAUUGACAGCAAAUUCUUUGGACUUGUAGCAACACUACUGGAAUGGAGAAAGAACCUGGACCCAACCAUACAUGAAGCAAUGAGUGGAGAAGACAGAAAGCACUGGGAGGAGGCCAUGCAAAAGGAGCUGGAUGGAUUGGAAGCAAUGGGCAUGUGGGAGAUUGCUGACCUCCUGAAGGGUGCAAAUACUGUCAACACACAUUGGGUACUCAAGAUCAAAACUGAUGCAAACCUCAUGCUGACAAAGUUCAAAGCCUGGCUUGUGGCAUGA